AUGUCUACCAUUGUGGCCGUCAUUGGUGUUGGCUAUGUAGGCGAACACCUGGUCACUGAGUUUUCCAAGCAUUACCCCGUUAUCGCAUACGAUAUCGACCAACAACGUCUUGAUCAAGUCGCCAGCAAUACAACCGUGCAUCGGUUGAUGACUAGUCUUGAUCAAGUCGCCAGCAAUACAACCGUGCAUCGGUUGAUGACUACACGGAAAGCGGUCGACCUUUGCCUUGCUACACACAUCCUCAUCUCGGUUCCCACCGAUGUCUUCCACGAUGGCACAAUCAACACGACUACCCUGCGGAAGGCAAUCGCUACUGUGCUUGAACAUGCCCAGUACGGUGCUACUGUUGUGAUCGAAAGCUCAGUCGCUGUCGGUAUGACUCGAGAUCUUUUUGGUACGUCGUAUUUGAGGAAAGGUCUGAAAAUCGGCAUGUCGCCAGAGCGCGUUGAUCCAGGGAGGACGAACAUCGCAUACGACUCCAUACCCAAGAUAAUCUCGGGCUUAAACAGUGAAUCACUCGCAGCCAUUGCGGACCUUUACCGACCAGUUUUCAGCAAUAUUGUCAGUGUGUCAUCAGUGGAGGUAGCUGAAAUGACCAAGCUCUAUGAGAACUGUCAGCGAAUGAUUUCCAUUGCGUAUGUCAACGAGAUGGCCGAUGCUUGUCUCAGUCAUAACAUCGACCCAAUGGAGGUUUGCGAGGCUGCUAGCACCAAACCUUUCGGCUAUCAACCAUAUACACCAAGCCUCGGCGUCGGCGGGCAUUGCAUUCCGGUCAAUCCCUUCUACCUUCUCUCAAACAGUCAAUGGCCGUGCCUCGAGCUUGCCACCAGGAAAAUGCGAUCUCGCCCAGCGAAUAUCGGUGAUCGCAUUAUGGCGGAUCUGAUGCAGCGCAUUCCAUCUCGACGGCCUCGGAUUCUCGUCGUCGGUGUUGGGUUCAAGAAAGGUCAGUCUGUGCUGAGCAACGCCCCGGGAGUCGAUCUCAUCGUCCACCUCCUCUCCACAUACGAUGUCUACAUCGAGUUUGCGGACCCACUGGUUGCAGAAAGUGCACUUCCGUACGUGCCCAAACUCGAAGAUCCGGCAGCGUGGAAUACCAGCAACAUUGACGAGUCGUUCGAUGCCGUAGUUGUUGCGGUGGCACAAGACGGACUUGACCUCACGCUUCUCAAACAGCUUCGAAAGGCAAAAGUCUUCAACUUCUCAGCGGCUCUUUCCUGGCUUCGCCGAGCAUGCUUCCUGAGGACACUACACAACGGAGCGGCGCUCCAGACUUGCCUGAUCUGUCCAGCGAAUUGCCCUCUCCUGUUGCGCUUGAGCCAGUCACGCCAGUAG